AUGGAGAAGACCCUGGCCAGCCUCGGCCUCCUCCUGGCCACGGUCCUGGCCAGAGGAUCCUGCUUGACCUGUGAAACCUGCAUCAGCCCCGGCGAAGGCUGCAAUGGCUUGGCCCAUCCCUGCAGCCCAAAUGAAGACACCUGCCUCACGCUAAUCGGGGAGAACUCUUUGGGGGGAGGCGACACCACCGAAACCCUCAAGACCUGCAUCGCUGCUGCCGAUUGCUACGCCGGCUCCAUAAGCAUCAGCACCGGGGCGGGAGUCCAGAUUCGGAGCAUUUCCAGAUGCUGCCAGGAUGACCUCUGCAAUCAGUGGGCCCUAAACCAGCGUGUCCUGCGUGACGAUGUCACCUCCGAGAGACGUCAUUGCACCGGGCACAUUGUGCCACCGCUGAAUCUCAACCCCAACAGCCUCCGUUGUCCUGUCUGCUUUGCCUUUGAGUCGAACCACUGCGAGGGGAACGAGACCCUGGCCUGCACGGGAGUGGACAAUCACUGUGUCUCUGUGUCAGGGACACUGAACAUAGCGGGUCACCUCUCCCCCUUUGCGGCAAGGGGCUGCGGCACAGCCACAGCCUGCACUCUGCCCCUGGGGGUCGGGCUUUACUCCGCGGGAGUCAUCUUCACCCUGGACAAGGUGCUGUGCAGCCCAGCGCCCAACGCCGGCAGUCGUGGGAAGAAGCUCUCUCAAGGAUGA